UGGACGUGCGUCUUUUUUCAACCUAACUUAUUAUGUUGCUAUGUUACUAAGUUACAUGGCUUUUUGCUGGUCCUGUGAUAUAUGAAAUGAUAUAUGAAUUCCUCUGCAAAAACAAUUCUGUAUGACCUCCUGAAAGAGAAGGAACUAAACAGCAUAGAAUAGUCAUUCCACUUAUUCUGUGUUUUGGAAGCUAUGCAGCUAGACAAUCCUCAGAAGCCAAACAUGUUGUGCCGAUAGUGGUACAGGCGUGUAAGAGAUAAGGGAGUUUAACAUUUGGUUAACACCCUUUAAAAGUUUUGCUAAUGUGCUCUUAACUUUGUUAAGGUAUUAAGAGAAGUCUGUUCAUUUUUGAUGAAAGCUACUUGAAAAAUGCCACCAAGAUACACUACCAGUUUGAGAGGACGUCUCCCUUGGGCAAUCCUUUUCUUGCAAACCACUUUUAUAUUUAUAUUUUUGCAUUGUUUUCAGUACGACUACACAGCAGAUGCCAAAUAUCUCCAGACAUAUCCAGCUUUGCAAGAUGUCAAUGUUAUCAUUAUACUUGGAUUUGGCUUUCUCUUUGGGUCUUUGAAGAAAUUUGUUUUUAGUGGAGUCGCAUUCAACUUUCUCAUCACGACCCUUGGAAUUCAGUGGGCAAUCAUUGUGGAUUCUUUUCUCUUUCAAAGUACAAAGCCAUCCGUUGAUUUACUCAGAUUGUGCAAAGGUUUGAUGGAUGUGGUGCCAGUUCUUAUCUCAUCUGGGGUUGUUCUUGGAAAGGUGAAUCCAGUGCAGCUAAUAGUCAUGGCAGCCAUUGAAGUGCCAGUGUAUUGUGUAAACAGAUACAUUAUGGAAACUUAUUUGAAGAUGGAAAUCCAAGUGAGCAUGAUGCAUGUUUAUAUCUUUGGUGCAUAUUUUGGAUUGGCGGUGUCAUGGUUGAUUACACCACCUUCAAUUAGUAACAAAGUCAAUAAAGAAAAAGAAAAAUCUGAUGCCAUUUCAGACAUUUUUUCAAUGCUAGGGACACUGUUCAUGUGGAUGUUCUGGCCAUCUUAUAACUCUUUAUGGCUUGAAAAACAUAAUGAAAGGAAGAAUGCCGUUUACAAUACUUAUUUUUCCCUUGCUGUUAGUGCAGUUACAGUAUUUUCAUUAUCAGUGCUUCUUAACCCAAAGGGAAAGCUUCAAAUGAAAAUCAUCCAUAAUGCUGUGUUGGCUGGUGGUGUUGCAAUUGGAUUCACAGCAUACAUGCUUCAGUACCCAUGCAUUGCAAUGAUUAUAGGACUUCUUGCUGGAUUAAUCUCUACACUAUGUUUCCAUUACUUUCAGGGACCAUUGAACACAGUUUCAUUAGUACACGAUACCUGUGGGGUCCAUUACACAUUUGGACUGCCUGGAUUAUUCGGGAGUAUAACCUACGUAGUAUUAAUCGUAACAGCAGAUUUCACAAGCACGGCAAUAUUGGGUUAUCAAGCUAUGGUUGGUGUUGCAUGCAUCUGCUUAACAUUGGCUCUGGGUCUCAUCGGUGGACUUAUUACAGGUUUCCUGUUAAAAUGUAAGUUAUGGAAAGCUCCCAAAGAAUGGCAUUUUUUUCAUGAUCAGCCUUACUGGGAGUUUCCCCAUUUGGCUUCUCAUCUGUAAACAUGACCGAGAAGAAGGUAUACAAGCGCCGAUUCCCAGCUGGAACAGUCAAAAUUAGAAUCCAUUGUUCUUGUACAAAGUCUUAUACCUUAUCUCUCUUGGGUGUGGAAUGUGUUGUUAUAUUUGUGAUAUCUAUUGUGUGAGAUAAAAUAUAACUGUUUUGAUGCAAUGUGGUACUUGUUUCAUACAUAAUCAUCUAAAUAUAUGCCACUUUAUGGUAAUAAACAGUAUUUCUUUUAAA